GGUAAUGUCCAUGCUAGAUCACCCCUAAUGAGGAUCACCCUUCAGAUCCUCACACGUGGCAUCUGUUCAACUUUAAGUGAAGCAGCCGGUCCACCUCGAAAACCCGGUCUUUCAUACAACUAAACCAGCCUAUUACCGGUUAUCUUGCACUCUUUUUUGUCCUCGAUUUCCGUGUAGUAGGUUUAUUGUAGAAAAUGAUUAUUUCGUAGGUAAAGAAUCCCAUAUUGAAUUCCAUCGAAUUGAAGCAAUUUUUGGUUGAAAGGGCCUUAGAUUUAGUUGAAAAUUUUGUAUGUUUUCAGUGUAUGAUAGUUAUGUUAAUUCAUACAUCGGUUCAAAUUGAAUGAAGUUUUAUUUGUUAAUUUCUUGUAUUUUGCGUAGCUGAAAAUUUUCUGAGUUCGUAGGAGUUUCAACUUACAGAAUGCUGGGGAUUUCAUUUUCACGGUUCCCGAUCGUUAGUUCUGAGUAGAAUUUUGUGAAUUUACGGCUUUACCCUCUUGAUUUUGCUUUGUUUCCAAUGGGUUCGUCCUUUUUGGUCGAGAAUGCCCCUUUGUAUGAUUUAGAAAAGGUGGCUGAUGGAGGUAUUCUAUUUGAGGAGCAAUCUGUUGGCAAACGUUCUAGCCUUUGGAGAAGCCAACAAAUUCUUAUUUUCUGCGUGAGUGAUGCUGAGAUUGAGUUAGAAUGUGAAGUUUUUGAGAAGCAAUCGAAGCUAAGAAGAACUGCUAGCCAUGAACAACAGAGGUGCUCUCGUCUCCGCCAGGUGUCACCUUUGGUCUUUAAACCUGUUACGGCAGCAUCUUUCGGCCCAGAACUUUGCUCAUGUACGUAGGUCUUGUUUCGGACCUUUGUUUGAUAUAUUAAAUUUAGAGUUUCAGGGGCAACUUUAUAAUGUCAUGUGCCGUCGAUUGCAAAGUGCGUCAGAAGAAAGAUUCGUAUUGCAAUAUCGAAUUGGUAAUUAUGUCGUUGAUUUUGGACCCGCUGAUUUUGCCAUAAUGACCGGCUUGCGGUUCAAUGGCAUCACUACUCUCCCUGAAACUUCUAGUUUCCACGAAACUGUUUUUAGUGGGCAACGUUAUUUGCGGGUGAUUAGCAUCGAAAAUAAGUUCCUCAAAGAAUGCAAACAAACAUCUGGUACCUCAGAAACAAGCUUGAAGUUAGGAUACUUGUAUAUUGUUUAUGGGCUGUUGGUAUUGAAGGAUAGGACACAGAAGAACAUAGAUCUAGGAUUUAUCCAUCUAAUGGAUGACCUUGACAGGUUUCUUCGGUAUCCAUGGGGCAGAAUAGCAUAUGAUUUCUUGGUCCCUCGUACCCAUAAUGCUAGAAAACUUAUACAUAAAAUGGAAACAAAGCAAAAUAAAUUGAGUGUUGAAGCGUAUGGUUUUGUGCAUGUGUUGCAAGCUUGGAUGUAUGAGAUUAUGCCCUCGUUGGCUGGUUUUUGCGGCAAGCAAGUAAUCGAGCACGAGAACCGAAUUCCUAGAAUGCAGCGUUGGUCAGCAGAUUCUGGUAUUUUGUUCGAGCACCUCUGGCCUUACUUUUUACCUAGAGCAGGAAAUGAUCCGGUCCCAAUCAUCGUAUCAGCCCAGGAAUAUGAGAUGAUGGAUGAGCUCGGUAUUCCUUCAACGAUGCAUCCUGCGUCCCCUACUCUAGUUUUUAAUUCCAAAUCUCUUGUUAGAAAAAGACGGCUAACAUACGAGGACGUCGAAACUUCUGAAAAAACUGAAGCAUUGAAGGGAAGUCCAUUGAAGUCUUCUAGCCGUGGUAAAAAGAAGCUGUUAAGUGGAGAUCCUCCCCCUAGUACUCGAUUGGUUGGAAAAACGGAGCAAAUAGAAACAAAGAAGGGCCAUGAUGUGGAUAAUUACGCAGAAAAUGCAGCACCUACACCUGCAUUAUCUAAAAAUACCGUGAAGAAUAAUAGCAAUCUCUUUGUCAUAUUGCUGAUGGAGUUAAUGGAGAAAGUUGACAAGUUAGACCAGAAAGUGGAGAAGAUGGAUGGCAAAGUUGAGCAUCGAGACACGACUCUACACGAGGUUGUGGUAGCGAGUAUUCGAUCUUACUUUGAUAACCAGGCCACUAGUCAUCAUCCCAAAGAAUGCAAAGGAGAGAAAAAAAUUUCAAUGGAGAAAAUGGGAGAACACAAAAGUAGUGGAAACGUUUGUGCAGUUCUAGGUGAAUCAUCUACAUUUCAGAAUCUUGAUGAUUUGGGUAAUAAAGGUGAUCAACUCAAAGUAUCAAACACUGGAUGGUUCAGUAACGAAUGGUUGCUUGAAGAUCCUUUUGCGGUGCAUGAUUGUAAUUAUCAUGAACCACCAAAGCCGGUUCCUUUAACAGAUAAUCCAGUGAAGAAGUCAUUGAGUGUUGGUGAUUCGAGGACCAAAUCUGAAGGUUUUAAAGGAAAAUCCUUCCUUCCACGCACUAAAGAAGGUCUUGGACACACCAUGAAGACUGAGGCGAUUAGUAGCUUGAAAAUUCCUGGCGAAACAGAAAACUUGCUGCCUUCCCUAAAUUUGGAUUGCACAACGUCGUACAGCAAUGGCAUGCCUCAGAAAACCUCCAUGGAUGCGUUGAAGUUCGACCCUUCGGACUUCGACUUCAACUAUGCCGAGCUCAAUCCAUUCCUUCGAUGGCAAAAAGCAGCUUCCAGUGGUCAUCGCCGAUAUGAUCGGAGGCUUCCGAUUAAAAUGUUGCGUGUCGCCGAUAAUGAGUGGUUUAAUGUUAUCUUAGAACGCAAUGGAUGGCUAGAGAGCGAGCAUAUUAAUGCACUUAUAUAUUUGCUGCUUGUUGAUUUCAACAAAGACGUAUCAAAUCCAAUAGUGAGAGAUUGGUCGUGUAUGGAGAUGGUUUGUUGGUUGGGCUUGCGUAGUGAUAACCUUGAGGAAAUGGUGGGGACAGUGAUGCCGUAUGUCCGUGGCAGUCUUCCUUUCAUAGGUGGGCUGGAAUGGACGAAUGCUAGACGUGUAUUUGGUGUGGCACACAUAAACAACAAUCAUUGGUGUUUCUAUCAGAUAUGCAUCCCCGAGCAGCGCAUUGUUGUUUACGACUCUCUGAACUAUGACUGGGAUACUGUAGCAGGGCAUUUUGACAAGGUCCGGACGAACUUACCCAUACUAUGCCGUAUGGGAAGAAUAUGGGAGAGGUGCAACUAUUCAAACGCCCUUAUGGAGAGCUGGGACGUCGUGAAGUUUGAGAAUCCACCACAACAAACUAAUCAUAGCGACUGUGGAAUCAUGGCAAUCAAAUUUAUGGAAUGUUGUGCUUAUGGUGUUCCCGUGGAUGGCAUAAAACCUGAACGUGGACCCAUUUUUCGACGCCGUUACGUGGUAAGGCUUUUUAAUUCUUCAUAUGAAGCAUGACUCCUACACAUGUUUGAGGGGCGGCAGACAUUUGAAGUGAAGGAAUAGGUAUCAAAGCAGGUUUUGUGGUUCUUGGAAGCAAAGUAGGCUGUUAUUUUUUGGGUACAUGCUUGUUCAUAACUCUCCUUUUGGUUUUGGACUAAUUCUUGUUAUUAGCGAAAACCUAAGUUAUGAGCUGAGCUCGUUCAUUGGGAUGUAAAUAUUGCAGCAAAAAUCAUUAGUAUUGCUUCCUUUGUUAUGGAAAUAGUAAACAAGUUUUAUAUAGUGC